UUCACAGCGCUGUCCCGUUACCUCAUUGACAUUCAGUCCCAGUGAGAGACACAGACAGAGAGUAAGAAGACAUUGUCCGGGACAGAGACAGCAACCGAGCUACAUAGCGACAGCAAAUGGACAUUUUGAGCGGAAUGAAGAUUAAAGUUUGAUGUGAGCAUGAAAGACUGUGAUCUGAGGAACAGUGAGCACUGAGUGUGUUCUGCCCUGGAUUCAGUGAGGAGUUUGGGAGAGACGGGGUGAGGGGUGAGGGGUGGACGAGGGAUUUACUGGGUCAAACAAACCGACUACCCCCACCACUGAAGAAGGGGAAGUCAGAAGAAAAAACACCAGACAAAGCGCUAAGGAUACGAUGAACACUGAAAAGCCGCGUGUGCAGUGACUUCCUGACGUCGAGAAGUGAGGUGAACUGAUCUGAGACAGAAGCACAAUGUCACGAUCAGAUGAGGUCAACAAAAUGACAGAAAAUGUCUACAAGGGCGUUCUGGACCAGUUCAACCCCAGUCUGAAGAAUUUUGUCACCAUGGGCAAACACUAUGAAAAGGCUCUGACAGGCGUCACAGUAGCAGCAAAGGGUUAUUUUGAUGCUCUGGUCAAACUAGGAGAGCUGGCCAGUGACAGCCAGGGCUCGAAAGAACUGGGUGAUACAUUGUUCCAGAUGGCAGAGGUUCAUCGGCAGAUCCAGGUCCAACUCGAGGAUGUGCUGAAGCUGUUUCAUUCAGAGCUGCUGUCUCAACUCGAGCAGAAACUGGAGCUAGACAUCAAAUAUCUGACCGCGACGCUGAAGAAGUACCAGAGUGAGAGGAAGUCAAAGGUGGAGUCCAUUGAGCGCUGUCAAUCACAGCUGAAGAAGCUGCGGAGGAAGAGCCAGGCUAGUCGCCAUCCUAACAAAUAUGGAGACAGAGAGAUGCAGUAUGUGGAGCUGAUGAGUCGUCGGCAGGGCGAGCUGGACUCUCUGGUUGCUGUUGGUUAUCGCUCCGCUCUGACAGAAGAAAGGAGGCGCUAUUGCUUUCUGGUGGACCGUCAGUGUUCAGUCACCAAGAUCCUCAUCAACUACCACUGCAAGGUGCGGGAGCUGUUGUCUCAGAAGCUGUCAUCGUGGCAGCAGUCAUGUGCGCAGCCGACCAAGCUCCCCGAGCGAGCGCUGAGCCUGCUGCGUCACACCGCCCCCCAGAGCUCUGGAGGAGCCGGGCUCGCCGAGGUCCUGCGCAACGCCAAACUGGGAAUCACUCAGCCCGCAGAACAGAGGCUGUCUGUGCAGGAAGUCCCGCCUCUGUUGAACGGUGACAGCAGCAGUCGUCCUCAGCAGCAGCAGUCUCACCAGAACCCCUCCAGUAAUGGACACGCCCACUCCGGUUCCUCAGCCAGCCCCGCCCACUCCCAGCCAGCAGUGGGCGUUUCCGGGCUUCAGUCUCCUCCCACUGUUAGCCACACCCCCAGCUCCGCCUACAGCGCCCCUCUGUCCCGCGCGCUGUCCAGCUGUCCCGCUGCUCCCGAUCUCUACUCCACCUCCACACUGCCUCUGCCCAGGAGACAGUCCAGCGACACUCGCCAGGGAUUCAUGGGUUCGACUCUUCCCCGUGUGCUUCCUCUCUGUGCUCCGUCCCGUGUGGAGGCUCUGUUCCCUCACUCCCCAGACUCCUGCGAGGGAGAGAAGCCUGGAGACCGAGGAGGAAGCUCCUGUCUGCUGUCCUUCCUGCCUGGAGACACUCUUUCCCUGCUGAUCAGUGAACCCAGAGACGGCUGGCACUACGGCCAGAACGAGCGGACGGGACGAAAAGGCUGGUUCCCCUUCUCCUACACACAGCCUUUCCCAAACUCUCCCGGACAAGAUCUCAGUCCUCCUGCCCUGUCGAAGGUGAACAGCACCAGUAUGGGGCAGUUAGACAGGCUUCCCCCCACGGGUCCGAUGCCGCAGGUCAGCCCUGACUCCGAGGACGAGAGGAGCAUCUUAUCCCAGCGCAUCAGCACCUUCAGACCGCGACCCUACAGCAUGAUGAACCCCGAGACCAGCAGGAUGAGGAUGUCGACGGAUUUCGCCUCGACGCCUCCGUCACCCACCAGGAUCAACCCGUUCGCUCACAUUCGGCUCAAGAAGACGGUGACCAAUGAUCGCUCCGCCCCACUAAUACAGUAGAGCCUUUGAUUGACAGCCAGAGAUGCUCCUGUUAAUGCUUCAUGCCUCUGUUUCACUGAAUAACCAACCUUUGAGAGGCAGAUUUUACACAUUCAGACAAUAACCAAUAUGAGAGAAUUAAGUGCAUUUAGAUCGUUUAGGAUUUAGCAGAUCAAAUGUAUAUUCUAUAUACAUUACAUUACCAGAAAAAUGAAAUAUUUCAAGGUCUUUAUGUAUUUUGAAUGAGUGCACAUGAGAUAGAACAUCAAAAAACUGACCUUUAACAUUUGAUUCCUUAUUAUGGACAACAGUUUCUUCUGUAUUUUAAUUCCUUUACUGUAACGUAUGAUGUUUACAAUGAAACAGUCAAUUACAAAAAGUUUUUGACAACUGACAUUUGUGGAGAUGAUUCACAAUUUAGUUUCAUGAAAUAUUUUAGAUUUACUUGGUGGCAAGUAUAUACAGUAUAUAUAUAUUUUUUCUUUUCUUUUCUGGUAUACAAAAAUGCACCUCUCAUAAUUAAAUUUUGUAAAUGUUAAUUCUGUGGUUAUUUACUCACUCGUGUUAUUCCACAUAUGCUAUAAUUUUGUCUGCUGUCAAUUUUUCUGAGUAUGCUUCCCACACAAAAUAAGAUACUUUCUCCUAAAACUUUUUAUUUUAUUUUUUAAAUAUUGAAUAAAGGUAUCCUAGAGCAUUCUGGGAGAAGCGGGUGAGCUGACUGUUGGAGUCAAAAGCAGGACUCGGUUGAAUGGAAAAUGGAGUAUAAUUAUAUAUAGACGGGCUUUUGAAAGAGUUGGAAAGGAUUUUGGAAAAGCGUAGUGUUUGUGAAAGUGUGAAGAGGCUCUCAGCUCUGGUCUCUUGUCCCCGCUUCCAUCUGUCUCAUGUAUUUUGUUUAACCCCGAAUCUGUAAAACUAAAGCUUGUAGUCCUGAGUUGCAGCAGAUUGUGGGCGAGGGAUCUGAAGGCUAAGAGUGAGAGUGCCGAGAGGAGAUCUGAAGGUCUGGAAAGUGUAGACGUGCUGGAGAACGUGACUGUGCUGUAGCUGUAGAUGAGAAAUAAGGUGAAAAAACGUCUUUUACACCAUUAUUUUGGGACAGAAGACUUAGUUAAAGAUGUUUAUGUACAGUGGUUUGAAAUUAACUCGUGUACUUUUGAAGUAAAUCGUUUCUGAAUUGUCUUAAAAGUUGCUUAUCGUUGUGAGAUUUUACACUGAAACCAAUCUAACUAAUUAUUAAUUAUUGUUUACAAAUGUUCAAAUUAUUUCUCCACUCCAGGGUCAGUUUGUUCUGACAAACUUUUUCUAUUAUAAAGACAUCUUAAAUUGAAAAUAAUGCUAAAAGGGUAAUCUCCAACCUUAUAUAUGCAAAUAUAAUGGUGUACUGUAAUACAGUGAGCCCGAAAGUCUGAGAACAUUUUUUUUUUUUUCAUAAAGUAUCAUUCAAAACAUGAAUUUGAUAUUAGAUCAUGUUCUCAUCAUCAUCAUCAUCUGAGACGAUCAAGAGCAUCUUGAGCUUGAGUGGAUGCAAGAACCUCUGAGUCACGUGAUCAAAAACGCUCAUUUAAACUUGAUUAAUGAUCAUUUCUUUGUAUUAAAUUCAUUGAAAUCCUAGACUGUUGAAAUGAAAAGCAUCUCAGACUUUCGGACGCCGCUGCAUGUUAGUCUGUAUUAGUUUGUGAGUUUAAUUUCCGAACUGAUGUAAUCACGGCUGAGCAGUUUUGAUCCCUGCUCACGUUGUACUUUUAUUAAACAUCCCAGAGAACACCGAACACUGGCAUUUAAAGCAGGACUUUACUGUACAAGUCAGUCUGGCUGCUCCGCUGCACUGCUUUGAUUAUUAAACAGACUUUCCUGAGAUAUGAAAGCAUUAGCCUUUUGGACACAUUUUGGACUCUUGAAUGCUUUAACUUCAUGAUAACUGUA